UUCAAGACGCAGCACCCAUAUAUCCUCCCGGUGUCCGGCGUCCUCCCCUUGCCUCAAGCACAUCGUCUCCUACCGCAGUACACAACCUCCGGCAACGACUCGGUCACGGAGCUAGCUAGAGACCGACGCGGCGCGCGCCAUGACGUGGAACAGGUCCCCGGCCGGUGGCGGCAGCGCCGUGACCGUCGACCACAGUGACGACACCGGCCUGGCGCGCUUGCGGGAGCUCGGGUACAGGCAGGAGCUGAAGCGCGACCUCUCGGUGCUGUCCAACUUCGCAUUCUCCUUCUCCAUCAUCUCGGUGCUGACGGGGGUCACGACGCUCUACAACACGGGGCUCAACUUCGGCGGCCCCGCCACCAUGACCUUCGGCUGGUUCGUCGCCGGCGCCUUCACCAUGGCCGUCGGCGCGUCCAUGGCCGAGAUUUGCUCCUCCUUCCCCACCUCCGGCGGCCUCUACUACUGGAGCGCUCGCCUAUCCGGCAAGCGCUGGGCGCCCUUCGCCUCAUGGAUCACCGGAUGGUUCAAUGUUGUUGGUCAGUGGGCGGUGACCACCAGCGUGGACUACUCCCUGGCGCAGCUGAUCCAGGUGAUCAUCCUGCUGGCCACCGGCGGCAAGACCGGCGGCGGCUACGUGGCGUCCAAGUACAUGGUGCUCGGCUUCCACGCCGCCAUCUUGCUCAGCCACGCCGUCAUCAACAGCCUCCCCAUCAGCUGCCUCUCCUUCCUCGGCCAGUUCGCCGCGGCCUGGAACGUGCUAGGCGUCUUUGUCCUGAUGAUUGCCGUGCCGACCGUUGCCACCGAGAGGGCGAGCGCCGAGUUCGUCUUCACCCACUUCAACACCGACAACGACGGCGCCGGGAUCCGGAGCAGCCUGUACAUCUUUGUCCUGGGGCUGCUCAUGAGCCAGUACACGUUCACAGGAUACGACGCCUCUGCGCAUAUGACUGAGGAGACGAAGAACGCGGAUAAGAACGGCCCCAUCGGCAUCAUCAGCGCGAUCGGCAUCUCCAUCCUGGUGGGCUGGGGCUACAUCCUCGGCAUCACCUUCGCGGUGAAGGACAUACCCUACCUGCUGAGCCCCGACAACGACGCCGGCGGCUACGCCAUCGCCGAGGUGUUCUACCUCGCCUUCAAGAGCCGCUACGGGAGCGGCGUCGGCGGGAUCGUCUGCCUGGGGAUCGUCGCCGUCGCCAUCUACCUGUGCGGCAUGAGCUCGGUCACCAGCAACUCCAGGAUGGCCUACGCGUUCUCGAGGGACGGCGCCAUGCCCUUCUCCUCCGUCUGGCACAAGGUCAACAGGCAGGACGUGCCCAUCAACGCCGUCUGGCUCUCGGCUUUCAUCGCGCUCUGCAUGGCGCUCCCGUCUCUGGGCAGCCUGGUGGCGUUCCAGGCGAUGGUGUCCAUCGCCACGGUGGGGCUGUACAUCUCGUACGCGCUGCCGGUCCUGUUCCGGGUGACUCUGGCGCGCAAGUGCUUCGUGCCGGGGCCCUUCAGCCUGGGCCGCUACGGCGUCAUGGUCGGCUGGGUCGCUGUGCUCUGGGUGGCCACCAUCUCCGUGCUCUUCUCGCUGCCGGUCGCGUACCCGGUCACCAAGGACACGCUCAACUACACACCCGUCGCCGUCGGCGGCCUCUUCUUCCUCGUCAUCGCGUCCUGGGUGCUCAGCGCCAGGCACUGGUUCACGGGCCCCAUCACCAAUCUGGAUGGAUGAAUAAAACUAGACAUGCAUCACGCAUUCAUGCAUGCCUGACCGAGUGGAGCCCUCGCUCGUCGGAGCAGCACUGCCCAGCCACCCACCUCGCGCUCCGCGUGCUUAGAGCAGCACUGCCAAACGUGCAAAGUGAACUCAGACAAUGUGUCUAACUCCAAUUAGCGCCGCUUUUGGUCUUGGCUCUACGGCUCUACGCUAAUCUGCUUGUACAGGCCAAGAUAUGUAACAUGUCUUUGUCUUGCUGUGAUAUAUAGACCAGAGUUAUUCUAUGCUACUAUUUGCUAUCAAAUUUUAGACGAAGGAUGCUGAAUUUCUUUUACAACAUA